CAAGUGGCAAGCUCGUAGACACAACCGUGCACGUGGAAGGCACCCGAUCGAAUCAUGCCGAUCGUGAAGAACGUCGUGGGUAUGAUGUGUCACGGAAAAGGUGCAGCAUCUCCGUACAGCAACACGGUGGCCCAGAUGCGGCCAUGCGUAGUAACUACCGUGAGCUUUCACCGGCAUCGCUACGCAUCCAUCGCAAGUCGUCUCAUGACAUACGCAACACGAUGAUUGGACCGGACGGUGAGGUGGUGCAUCUGCACGAUCCUUCCGGAAAGGGUGGCGAUGGGCUGGGUAAGAUGCCGGCCGUCGUCAAACCGAUCAAGUUGAAGAGCAUCGUCACCAAGGCGGAGUCUUAUGACACGAUGCACGGCAAGGCGAGCGAUGUGAUGUCGUGCUCGCGGGAAGUGUGCAUGGGCAGCGUCAUGACGCCGCACGUCAUCGGUAUCGAAUCACGCAAACCGGAAGUGGUGCAACAGCACGCGAAGGACUUUCUCGACCAGUACUACUCGUCGAUUCGGCGAUUAAAAUCGCCAGCCCACGAUACGCGCUGGCAGCAGGUACAGAAGGAGGUCGAAGCAACAGGCUCGUACCAUCUGACAGAAACCGAGCUGAUCUACGGUGCCAAGCUGGCGUGGCGCAAUUCGUCUCGCUGUAUCGGGCGAAUACAGUGGUCCAAGCUGCAGGUGUUCGAUUGUCGAUACGUUACCACAACGAGCGGCAUGUUUGAAGCGAUCUGCAAUCACAUCAAAUAUGCCACCAAUAAAGGGAACCUCAGGUCGGCCAUCACGAUUUUCCCGCAGCGCACGGACGGCAAGCACGACUACCGCAUCUGGAACAAUCAGAUUAUCUCGUACGCCGGCUAUAAGAACGCAGACGGUAAAAUCAUCGGUGAUCCGGCCAAUGUCGAGUUUACUGAUUUUUGCGUGAAGCUUGGGUGGAAAAGCAAGCGAACGGAGUGGGACAUCCUGCCGCUGGUUGUGUCGGCGAACGGGCACGAUCCGGACUACUUUGACUACCCGCCGGAGCUGAUCCUGGAGGUGCCACUCAGCCACCCGCAGUUCAAGUGGUUUGCCGAGCUAAACCUCCGGUGGUACGCGGUACCGAUGGUGUCCUCGAUGCUGUUCGACUGCGGAGGGAUUCAGUUCACGGCUACCGCCUUCAGUGGUUGGUACAUGUCGACCGAGAUCGGCUGCCGCAAUCUGUGUGACGCUAACCGGCGCAACCUCCUGGAGCCGAUCGCAAUAAAAAUGGGACUGGACACGCGAAACCCGACCUCGCUGUGGAAGGAUAAGGCGCUGGUGGAGAUUAAUAUCGCCGUGCUGCACUCGUUCCAGAGCCGCAAUAUUACCAUCGUCGAUCAUCACACCGCCAGUGAGAGUUUCAUGAAGCACUUCGAGAAUGAAACGAAGCUGAGGAAUGGCUGCCCGGCCGAUUGGAUCUGGAUCGUGCCACCGAUGUCGGCCUCCGUUACGCCGGUUUUCCACCAGGAGAUGGCCGUGUACUAUCUGAGGCCCUCGUUCGAGUACCAGGAAUCGGCCAUCAAAACGCACAUCUGGAAGAAGGGGCGAGAUUCGGCUAAAAAUAAAAAGCCUCGCAGGAAGUUCAACUUCAAGCAAAUAGCUAGGGCUGUCAAAUUUACAUCGAAGCUGUUCGGACGCGCACUGUCCCGCCGGAUCAAGGCGACGGUGCUGUACGCGACGGAAACCGGACGCUCGGAGCAGUACGCCCGCCAGCUGGUGGAGUUGCUUGGUCACGCGUUCAACGCACAGAUCUACUGCAUGUCGGAUUACGACAUCUCAUCAAUCGAACACGAGGCCCUGCUGCUGGUGGUCGCUUCCACCUUCGGCAAUGGCGACCCACCGGAAAAUGGCGAGCUAUUCGCACAGGAUCUGUACGCGAUGAAGCUACACGAGAGUGGCCAUCAUCAGGCGCACAGCGAGCUGACAAUUGCUGCCUCGUCAAAGUCCUUCAUCAAGGCGAACUCACGCAGCGAUUUGGGCAAGUUCGGUCCACUCGGUGGCCGUAAGAUCGACCGGCUAGAUUCGCUGCGUGGUUCCACAACCGACACGCUGUCCGAGGAAACAUUUGGGCCGCUGUCGAACGUUCGCUUUGCCGUUUUUGCUCUGGGUUCGUCCGCGUAUCCGAAUUUCUGCGCUUUCGGCAAGUACAUCGAUAACAUUCUGGGUGAGCUGGGUGGCGAGCGGUUGAUGAAGAUGGCAACAGGAGACGAGAUCUGCGGCCAGGAGCAAGCCUUCCGCAAAUGGGCCCCGGAGGUUUUCAAGAUCGCCUGUGAAACGUUCUGCCUGGAUCCGGAGGAGACACUUUCGGAUGCGGCGUUUGCGCUGCAGAGCGAACUGUCGGAGAACACCGUCCGCUACGCGCCGGUGAGCGAGUACGAGUCGUUGGACCGUGCCCUGUCCAAGUUCCACAACAAGAAGUCGAUGGAGUGUUCGGUCAAGCGGAACCCAAUCAAUCUGCACUGUGAGAUGAACGGCACCGAGCGGUCAACGAUUUUGGUGGAAAUCGUUGCUGAAGGGAUCGAUUACGAGCCCGGGGACCAUGUGGGAAUAUUUCCCGCUAACCGGAAAGAGAUUGUGGACGGAAUCAUCACUCGCCUGACCGGUGUGAACGAUCCCGACGAGAUGCUGCAACUACAAGUACUGAAGGAAAAGCAAACGCAAAAUGGUGUCUACAAAUCGUGGGAGCCUCAUGAGCGACUUCCGGUUUGCACUCUCCGUACACUCCUGACGCGAUACCUGGACAUAACCACCCCACCCACAAGGCAACUGCUCACAUAUUUGGCCUCCUGCUGCGAAGACAAAGCCGACGAGGAACGACUGCUUAUGUUGGCUAAUGAAUCAUCUGUGUAUGAAGACUGGCGCUACUGGAAACUGCCCCAUCUGCUCGAGGUGUUGGAGGAGUUUCCCUCCUGCCGACCACCAGCCGCCGUUCUGGUUGCCCAGCUGAGCGCCCUGCAGCCUCGGUUCUACUCGAUCUCGUCGUCACCACGGAAAUACUCGAACGAGAUCCAUCUGACGGUCGCGAUCGUUAGCUACCGGGCAGAGGACGGUGAAGGAGCCGAACACUAUGGCGUGUGCUCGAAUUAUUUAGCAAACUUGCAGCCGGACGACAAGAUCUAUCUGUUCGUUCGUAGCGCUCCUUCCUUCCACAUGUCGAAGGAUCCGACAAAACCGGUCAUCCUGAUCGGUCCUGGCACGGGCAUCGCUCCGUUCCGCUCCUUCUGGCAGGAAUGGGAUCACAUCAAAACGGAGAUGGUCGACUGUAAGAUUCCAAAGGUAUGGCUUUUCUUCGGUUGCCGCACGAAGAACGUGGACCUAUACCGUGACGAGAAGGCAGAAAUGGUCCAGAAUGGUGUACUCGAUCGCGUAUUUUUAGCGCUAUCGCGGGAAGAGAAUAUUCCGAAGACCUACGUGCAGGAUCUAGCUCUUAAGGAAGCUGAUUCGAUUUCCGAGCUCAUUUUGCAGGAGAAGGCUCACAUCUACGUCUGCGGCGAUGUCACCAUGGCCGAACACGUGUACCAAACAUUGCGCAAGAUACUGGCCACGCGCGAAAAGCGCACGGAAACUGAAAUGGAGAAGUACAUGCUGACGCUGCGGGAUGAAAAUCGCUAUCACGAGGACAUUUUUGGCAUCACGCUGCGCACAGCGGAAAUACACAACAAAUCACGAGCCACCGCUCGGAUUCGGAUGGCUUCUCAGCCGUAA